AUGAUUUCAACAGAACUUACAUCAGUUUUCAACGUGACAGAGGUUCCAGAGGGCGAGAACGCCUCCCAGAACAGUUCCGGGUAUUUCAUGGUUAAUUACAGCGAGGACAACUUCAUCCCUACUCCCUUGGCCCAUGACCUGGUGGUGACCUUCAUGGUCUUGUACAUCCUCAUCAUCGUGCUGGCGUUGCUGGGCAAUCUGGUGGUCAUCGUGGUCAUCUUCCUGACCAAGAUGAUGAGGUCAGUCACCGACCUGUUCGUCGUGUCCCUUGCGGUCAGUGACCUUCUCAUCUCCGUCCUCAACAUGCCCUUCCAGUUGCUGUCCAUCGUGACCAAUGAGUGGACAAUGGGGUUGUUUAUGUGCAAGUUCCACAGCUACAUCCAGGGUGUUACCAUCGUGUCCAACAUACUCACCCUGCUCGCCAUUGCUAUCGACAGGUACUUGGUCAUCUGCCAUACAGAAGUAUCCAGAAAAUUCCACACAAAGAAAGUCGGCUGGAUCGUUCUGUUCGUCGUGUGGUUCGUCUCGCUCAUCGUCGUGUGUCCCCAGAUCAUCGUCCAACGUCUGGCUAUGCGUCUGAAGAUCGACUCCGCCAAUCAAAUCAUCGGUGUCGGAUUCCUUUGUGUCGAAUUCUACCCUCAUCCCGACCGCGACAGCAAGAUAUACACAUUCACAAUCUACAGCUGCAUGUAUCUCCUUCCGGUAUGCGUGAUGGCCUUCACUUACGGUGCCAUUGCGCAUCGUCUAUGGGUGAGACAUCCGAUCGGAGAUAUGCUUGAAAACCCGAGAAAUCACGCCAAAAAUAUCCAACAGAAGAAGAAACUGACGCAGAUGUUGAUGUUGCUGGUCGUCGCCUUUACAGUUCUGUGGUUUCCCUUCUUUACGGCUUCACUCUACCGGGAGUUAGUGAAGACGGGUUCCAAGUUCCGAAUCGGUAUGGCUAUCCUGCAGCUGAUUGGCUACAGCAACUGCUGCGUUAACCCAAUCAUUUACACGUUCUUGAACAAAAAAUUCCAAAGAGAAUUCAAACGUAUUUUCACCAAGAGACGUGUUGACGUCAGGAACAUUGAACAGGGUCAACCACAGCAUUCUGCAGCGGCUACCACCAAGACAUCAGUGCAGCAUAUCAGUAGGUAUAACCACACUUGA